GUGCCAUUCUAGCACCCAAGUUGUCUCAAGUGGAAUUCAGCCUUGCCUGUAAUGAUCUGGUGGCCACAGGCAGAGACAGGAAACCCAAUGCUUUGGUCCAGGUGGCUGUCAUAGAUCCUCACAAGCAGCACCUCGUCACUCAGGCCUGCACAGAGAUAGUGGAGGCGAACAAAGACCCACUAUUUCUGACGGGGGUGACCUUCCCUUCAGAGUAUCCUGCUAGCCCAGAGACACUAGUGAAGCUAACAGUGUAUGAUGCAAAGGACAAGAGCCAGGAAUCGAAUAACUUCCUGGGCAGUGCCACAUUUUCAAUAGCCGAUCUGCUGAGGGCUAAAGAUGAACGACUGACCUUGCGCCUUAGGUCAUCUGAUGGUGUGUGUGCAGCUGGAACUGUGGUGGUGAGUCGUCUGAAGAUGGGGGAGAUGGAGGAGGUUGACCACAUCGCCACUGACGUUCCAUCACACAAGUGUCCCUUGGUCUGUGAGUCUGCGUCACAUGUCUGCUUUGACAGAGAAAAUAACCCAGCAACAGGGCCAGUGUUCAAGAACCCAGUAUGCAAGGUGUACAGAUUUCAAACAGUGGACAACAAGUGGAUGCUAGUACGGGAACAAAUGGAAGAGUGCACAUUGUCCUUUAGCGUCCCCAAACAGCUGCUCUCUCUCUACAUUCAGGAGGACAUGAAUAGGUUGCGGGAUCUGAGGGAUUUGGGGGAGCUUUCUCCUCACUGGGACAACUUAAGGAAGGAGGUGAUAACACGAUAUGGAGGAAUCAUCAGCUCCUACCAGGAGACUUUGGCUGAACUGGACAAGAUUACCGGUCGGUCAUUCAAGCCAAGCUGCUGCAAAGCCCAGAAAUCUCUGGAGUUCAUCCCAAUAAACUUGCACACCCAGAGGAUGCGGGUGACGUGCCCCAGGAAAACAGAUGCUUUCUAUGACAUCAUCACUGUCGGUGCCCCCGCAGCCCAUUUUCAGGGCUUCAAGUGUGGCGGUCUGCAGCGUCUCCUCAGCAGAUACGAAGCCGAGAAAAAGAGCUUCAGCACCGCAUACCAGUGUAUCUACUACUCACCAGAGCACACAGCCAAAGCUCAGGAGGUACUCAGCACCAUGAGCCUUCUCCAGCCCCUCAUUACAAGCUUAGCAGACCAGCUCCUCCAGGCUGCCCAGGAGCACUCUCCAACUGGACUAAAGGAUGUACUCAAGAAUCUUUCUGACAAGACAGAACAGUUUGUUCACACACUUAAGGAUGAAUUGGUCAAGAGUGCACUACUAGCGCUGCAUGCGGCGCAGCCCGGCUACGUUUCCAAAAACCAGAAGCAGAGCCCGGUGCAGAUGGGCCAGCAUCAAGGUCACAUCCACCCGUGCAGUGACCAGAAUCAGAGUCCAGUUCAGGGACUUCCGGGCCACAGUCCAGCCACGUCAGUCACUGAGAAUACGAUGAUGUGUAACAAUGUGGAAGGAUCCCAAUCCACAACCAUUACAGAAGGUGUUCACUUUGCUCUGAAGCACCAAGACUCUAUCCCGCACCAUAAAGAGUAUGACGAGGAGGAAUGGGACAGGGUGUGGGCCAAUGUGGCUAAAUGUCUCAACUGUGUCAUUGCCAUGGUGGACAAACUCCAGGAGGAGGACAACAGCAAACAGGAGCCAGUCGCUGAGCAGCAGUUGGCUGAUGUCUUCACUUCACACAACAACCCCGGUGAGUGGAGGGAGCAGCUGUGUCCUCUGGUGACCAGGUUAAAGGAGUGUGUGAUGGAAGUGGUGGGAAAGGCGAAGAAAGCCAUGACGUUUGUGCUGCUGCAGGAGGCUGCCUGCAGCAUACCACAGGGCCUCCUCCUCCAACAGAGGCGAGAUGUGGUCUUCAGUCAGGCACUGGCAGCCUUAGCCUGUGGUUUCGCCAUGAGGUUGUAUGCUGGAAUGGAGGACAAAGGAUUCCUAAGGCAGCUCCACCUGGUUGGCCUUGUAGCCCAGUUUGAGAGCCUGCUCAGCACCUACAGUGAAGAGAUCGGGAUGCUGGAAGACCUCGAGGUUGGAAUCUCAGACCUGCAGCGAGUUGUGUUCAGGAUCACAGAGGCCAAGACGGAUGACCUCAGUGACCUUCAGCCUUUAGUGUGUGGCCAACGUGACCACUUCACUGUAGAAGUGCCAUUACCAAGACUGGUUUUCCAGAACUUGCCUGAGGAGAUCAAGGAGGGAAAGCCUCUGCAAGUAUUCCCAGUGCUUUUUAAUGUGGGCAUCAAUGAACAGCAAACUAUAGCAGAGAGGUUUGGAGAUAUCUCCCUACAAGAGAGAAUAAACCAGAAGAACUUUGAGACAUUAGAAGCCUAUUACAAAUCAUUAAGUGAAAAGGUGCCACUAGAAUGUCUACCAUGUUUUCAAACACAGACGGAUAUAAAAGAAUUACUUGAAACCCUGGGCCAGAAUGUAGUCACAAAGAAGAGAAAGAAUGUGGAGAUACUAUGGAUUGCUGGAGCAAUCUGCCGAAGAUUAAAUGGCAUCAGGUUCACCAGCUGUAAAAGUGCCAAAGACCGAACUUCCAUGUCUGUCACAUUAGAGCAGUGUGCCCUGCUACGUGAUGAACACCAGCUCAGUAAGGAUUUCUUCAUCCGCGCUCUGGAUUGUAUGCGGAGAGAAGGAUGUCGUAUUGAGAAUGUUCAAAAGAACAUUAGAUGCAGGAAAUAUGCCUUCAACAUGCUGCAGCUGAUGGCCUUUCCAAAGUGCUACCGACCGCCAGAGGGAACCUACGGCAAAGUGGACUCAUGAAAUGAUCACAUCAGCCGCCGACAGCAAGUCCAUCAGUCACUGCGUCCUGUCCAAGUAGAUAUGAAAAUGUAGAAAAUGUCAACUUCAUUGUUUGUGACCACAACAAACUGCAGGGGGUUUGAUUUAGUUUUGUUUGGCCUUUGGUUGCUUGUGUAUUUGAUGUUUGUUUAUUCUCUGGCGAGUUCAGUUCAAUCACAGAAUCAAUGCACUUUUUUUUGCCUUGUUAACUGCAGUGACAGCUGUAGAUGAGCUGUGUGAAUCUGUGCAGCAUGUUAAUGAUAUUUUACAAGACCUCAGUCACUUCAUAGGUUUGCCAUAGGUUUAAGGAUGAACUUCCACCAUCCAGUGACUUCAGUGGUGUAAAAAGUGCUCUCCACAGUCGACUUAACUGUAAACAAACUCUCCAUUUCUCAUGUUAGGUUUGGAUUAACUGAUAUUUACGUGAUGUGUGUAAAAGUGGCCUUUGUUACUGCAGACAUCGUUUCAUGAGAAUUUAAUGACCAUACCAGUGUUUCAGAACAAAUGUUGCCUUUUGAUCAAUCACUGCAUUUUCUACAUGGUCCCACUUGAGCUUUUUUCCAUAUUUUUCUUUGUUUUGUCUCCAGGUACAGCUCAGUGCAACCACAUAAGUAAAACCAGAGGUUAGGAAAAUGGACCAUUGUAUGAUACAAAGCAAAUUCCAUUAUUUAUUUUUGUAUUUUACAAUCAUUUUUUAUAUUCUGAGGGUUGAUACCUUGGACUGUAAUGCACGUUUAAAAAUGUAUUAGUUUUGUUUAGACUUUAACAUUUAAAAAGAAAAAAGCCUAUUUAUAAAUAAAACAAUGGUUUAAAGUUGUGUUAUUGUAUACAAUGUAUAUUAUGUAUCAUCAUGUGUCAUGCUGUGCAUUUCAUUUAACAGUUAAAUAAAGUACCACAUAAUUAGAA